UAUGGCAUAUCGGGCCCUGUGUGGUACUUCAUCGGGGCUAUCACUCCACUCUGCCUGCUUGGCAUCCUCCUGACACAGUUUCGAACUCGAGCUCCAGGAGCUAGGAUCUUCCCUCAAUUAAUGCUUGCCCGAUUCGGGAAGCGUGUUCACCUCUUAUUCUGCAUUUUAACAAUCCUCAACAACAUCUCUAUCAUUACUUCUGUGGUCAACAGUGAGUUUAUCUAUGUUUGCCAGAUAGUUCUAAAUGAAUUGCCAAAAAGUUGCGUAGUUGGAGCAUUCGGGAGCUUUGUCAUGGCCCUGUAUUGGGACAAUCUCACGGAACCCGCCGUUUUCAUCGGAAGCUUGAUGAGCUCAACUCUGGCCGUAACGACGUGGUUCACUUUAAACCUCCUGCACAAAUACUGGGCGGAUUUUCCUCUCAAUAUAACAGAAGUCGGUAUUGUGUCAGACUCUUUCGGCAUCCUUUGCAGCUUCAUGUUGCCUGCAGCCAUUGUCUUUGCUACCAAAAUAAACAAACCAGACAGCUUUACCAUGGAAGAGACACAACUUACGUGGAAACGCACGCUACAGCUUGGGGACCCCAUUAAUCCGUGGAUGCAUACUUAUGCACAGACGUUUAGAUUUCCCCUGUCACAAUCAAGUCAGCUUACAGUGGCGCAGGUGAAUGCAGCCAUGCAGCCCUCUAGAAGAGUAGCGGCAGUGGGGACUGCCCUGUACUUUGCGCUCUUCACGCUUUUACUCGGGCUUGGGUGCAUUCCAGAGACACUGAGCUUGGAUGGAUUUCGAGCAUGGGUAGGAACUGGCAUCUGA